UUUUUUUUUUUUUUGAUUAAACGAUAACUAUGAGCAACAGAGGUGGUAGAGGCCGUGGAAGAGGUCGAGGUGGUGGUUGGAAUAAUAAUAAUAGAAGAGAUGCUUCUAGUGAUAAUUUUUCGAAUAACAAUAUUCGUCCACGUAGUGAUAACUCUUCAAAUAGUGAACGUGCUCGAAUAUUUCGAAAUCCGCAAGAUGUUGAGAGAGAAAACGUUCAAAUUCUCUCUGGUAAUUUUGAAUCAUCCGAAUUGACAUAUAAGGGAAGCGAUAAAGUUGUAUUCAUCCCUCAUGAGGAUGAAAUCCAGUCAAUGUGGAAACGUCUGCUGAAAAAAGAACUUAACAAUCAACAUCAUAUUCGUCGAUUUCUCAACUCAUGUUUAGUUGUUGCUUCUGGAAAUUCUGAUUAUGAAUUGAGUGAUCUUAUCGCAAAACUGUCCGAACCUGAUGGUAGACAACGUUUAAGAGAGAUUAUGAUGUUCCCUGUAUCAGUUGACGCAGGAUUGAUGCCUCAAGUUGCUUCUUUCCAGCGCGUAACUUUACCAUUUCUUGCGUUGUUAACUCGAUCUGGAAUCACUGAUAGUAUUUUGGAAAGUAAUGUUAAUGCUAUCUACACCCUCGUAUAUACUAAUUUGGAGGAUUUUAUAAACAACAAAGUAAUUUAUAUGUUGGAAAUUUUGGUUCAGAGAAAUUCUGUGGAUGAUCAACGAACUCCUCAAAAUGAAUUACUUAGAGACGAUCCACACUCUUUCUUUCCAACAUCUCUCGGUCAAUUUUUCUUGGUGAUUGUAAGAUUAUGUAGUAUUCUUCUUGACCGAAUGCGAGAUGCCGCAGUCAAUGAUGCGAUGAAUGACAUUAUUCAACGAUUAGAAGACGCCAAAUUAAGUUGGCAAAAUUCAUUUUCAACUCAACAAGGAAAUUCCAAUGAUCCGCUUUAUUCUAAUAUCAAUCGAAGAGAUUAUUUUUUCUUUAUUCUAGAUAAAGAAUUUAAGAAGGUGAAACAAGUUAUAAAAAAGCAUUCUAAGAGAACUUUUUUAAAUGAACAAAAUUCAAUCGAUGAAUCAUCUUUGGGUACUUAUAGAGAAAAAUCACGACUUGCUGAUUUAAAACGUUCUUAUGAUCCUCCGGGAGAAUUAUCGCAUAGAGGACCUCGGCAUAAUAACGAUUUCAGUGAUAUUUCAAAAAUCUCUAUAAUUCCUACACAGGAAGAAAUUUUAAGCGAUAGGGCACCUUUUUUACCAACAAAUAUUCCUGGAGCUCCACAUUUUCUUCCCGAGGGAAUAACACGUCUUCUCGACUCACAAUUUCGUUUGUUACGUGAAGAUAUGUUACAUCCUCUUAGAAUGGGAAUAAACAGUUUCUUGCAAUUUUUGGCAGAUCCAAAUCGUAAUAAUAAAAUUUUAAGAAAAUAUCAAGAAAAAGGUGGUAAAUACCGUCAAGACAACGGAGACUUAUAUAUUUAUCCAAGAGCUCGUUUUGUUAGAAUUUCAGUCGACAAAAGACGUGGAUUUUCAUGUCGAAUAGCAUUUUCCGCACCAACAAAUUCUGGGAAAAAUGUGAAAGAGCGUACACUUUAUUGGAAAAAGCAUUCAAAAAAAUUAAUGAAUGGAAAUUUAGUAUGCCUUCUUUUACCUACAGAAGAAACAAUUUCGCAAAAAUAUUCCCUAUUUUUUGGUGUAGUUGUGCAAAGAGAUGAUGAACAACUAGCCAAAUUUGAAGAUAGAGUCGAAAUUGACAUUAGUUUUAUGGAUGCCGCUAUUUAUCCUUUAGCUUUAAAAGACAUUUCGAAUCAAAAAAAUAAAAAUGCAGUACAAAAUUUGUCAUUACGUUUUAUGGUAGAAUGCACCGGGAUUUAUCUUGAAUCAUGCUACCAUGUGUUGAAAACUCUGCAAUCCACAAAUGACUCAAUGUUACCUUUUGAAAAAUAUUUGACCUUGGCGAGUGUCGAUGAUGAAAAUCAAAUUGAGUCCGUCAAGGAUACUUCUGCCAAAAGUGCUUUUACCGUAGAUAUACCAGAUUAUGCAAGAGCUCCAGAAUUUCGGUUCAAUCUAAAAGUAUUGUUGCGUGAUAAGCAAAAGGAACUACUUUUGAAUGUUGCUAAUGCGAAUGAACAUGAAAAUGUUGUUAAAGAACUAGUAAAUGGAAGUUCUUUAGAUGAUACACAAGCUAAAGCUCUCGUUUCUUCUUUGAGUAAAGAAAUUGCGUUAAUUGAAGGUCCACCGGGCACGGGUAAAACUGUUGUAGGAAUAGAAAUUAUGAAAGUUUUGCUCGCAGAAGAAAAUCGUAGUGUAAAUCUUACCCCGAUUCUCGUCAUUUGUUUUACAAACCACGCUUUAGACCAAUUUUUGGAGCAUUUGAUUGAUAAAGCUGGAAUUGAUAACAUCGUAAGAUUAGGAGGACGCUCUAAAUCUGAUAAAAUUGCUCCUUUUAGUCUUGAGGAAGUUGUUAAGAAUCGGGAAAAACCUGUUGGGGUUGAAUCAUAUCUUUUAUCUAAGACUUACCAAGAACUUGAAAAUAUUCAAAAAGAUGCAGAUCAGAUUCAAGAAAGAUUAAAUUUAAGAUGGUUAGAUUGGAAAGAAGUAUCUUCCUAUUUAUAUGUGGAUUUUCAUGAACAUUAUAAUAAAUUCUUCGGAUACCAAGAUCCUGAAAUUCCAAGUUUCUUAUUAGAAGACUAUUUUGAUGAAGAAUGUGAUUUAACUGGUAAAGAUUCAAAAAAUCAAACAUUAUUUGACAAAUGGUUGCAUGGAGUGGAUAUAAAAAAUGCUAGAGCUAUGCUUAAAGCCACAGAAGAUUCAAAACAGCUUCGUAAAGGAAAAAAGAAUAAUAAUACGAACACUAAUGUCUAUGAUGCUCUUGCUAAUUAUGAUGAUGAACUUAAUGAAUAUUACAAACCUGAAGACAGUGAUAGUUUUUUUGAGGAUGAAGAAUAUUAUGAUGAUUAUGAACAAAAUGACCCUCAAGCCUAUCUAGCAAAUUGGCAAGAGCCCAAAACCAAUCGUCCAUUGGAAGAACUAAAGAAUAAUACAAAUAUUUGGAGAAUGUCUACAACUGAACGCGUAGCAUUGCAUGACUUUUGGAGACACGAGUUAAAUCUUGAAAAUGUGGAAUCAUUAGCAAAUCUACAAAGAAUUCAUGAUGAAAAAAGAAAAGAAAUAGAAGAUAUUCAUAGUGAAAGGAGAAAAAAAAUUUUAAAAGAAUGUGACGUAAUUGGGAUGACUACUAAUGGGGCUGCGAAAUUUCAAUCUCUCGUUCGUUCUGUUAGACCUAAGAUUAUUUUAUGCGAAGAAGCUGGAGAAGUCCUCGAAGCUCAUAUCCUUUCAGCGCUUACACCUUCUACGCAACAUCUUAUUCUUAUUGGUGAUCAUAAUCAAUUACGACCGCAUAUCGCCACCCACUAUUUAAGCUGUGAUUCAUCAAUUGGCAAAAAAUAUGGAUUAGAUGAAAGUCUCUUUGAGCGUUUGGUUAAGGGCGACAAAGCCACUCGUAUUGAGAAAUCUCAGUUAUUAACUCAGAGACGUAUGAGAGCAAUUGAAAUUUCCGAUUUGAUAAGACAUACACUCUAUAAAGAAUUGAAAGACGGUGAAAAUACCACUAAAUAUCCUAAGAUUCGUGGUGCUCAACAUAAUGUGUAUUUUAUCAAUCAUCGUAACCAUGAAGAUAAAUGCGAAAAUGAAUUAACGACUAAAUCGCAUUCUAAUAAAUACGAAGUAGAUAUGAUUAUCGAAAUAGUAAAAUUUUUUGUUAGAAAUGGAUACACAAAACAGGAUGAUAUUGCUGUGCUUACACCAUAUCUCGGACAAAUGGUAAAACUUCGGGAUGCAUUAAAAACAACAUUUACUGUUGUCAUUGAUGAAAGAGAUAGUCAAGAUCUUGCAGAAAUGGAAGAUGAAAAUGAAGACAGGAAAGAGGAAAAGACAGAAAAUAAUCCAGUGGAAAAUAUCAGCAUUGCAACUAAAAAGUCAUUAAAUCAACAAGUUACACUAAGGACAGUUGAUAAUUUUCAAGGAGAAGAAGCCAAUAUAGUUAUCAUUUCACUUGUGAGAAAUUCUUCAAAGGAAGAUGAUAGGGGUGGUAUUGGUUUUCUAAAGUCAACUAAUCGUAGCAAUGUUUUACUUUCACGGGCUAAGCACGGGAUGUAUUUGCUUGGUAAUGCUGAGUUAAUGGCUAAUAAAUCCCAAAUGUGGGCAGACGUAAUUGGAAUGUUAAGAUCCCGUAAUCAAGUUGGGGAUUCUUUUCCUAUAUUAUGUCCUCAACAUCCCAAUAAUCGAAAUAAUGUGAAGGUCCCCCAACAGUUCGCUGAAUUUGCACCAGAUGGAGGAUGUUUGGAGAGUUGUGGGAAAAAACUUGAGAAGUGUGGACAUUUGUGCCCAUAUAAAUGUCAUUUUGAUAACCCAGAUCAUAUAGAUAUCAUUUGCAGAAAAAGUUGUACUAGAUUACAUCCAGAAUGUAAACAUCCUUGUAAUAAAUCAUGCGGAGAUAAAUGUGGCGAUUGCACUUUAAUUAUUGGUGAUAUCACUUUGCCUUCUUGCGGUCAUAAGUAUCCAAAUGCAAAGUGCUAUGAAAGUCGUAAUGUUAACUCAGUACUUUGUCGUGUAAAAGUCUUUAAAACAUUACCGAAAUGUGGGCAUAAGCUUGAAGUGAUGUGCAAUAAAUCAGUGGAUGACAUAAUCUGUAAGCAACCAUGUGGAGAAUUAAACACAUGUGACCAUCCUUGUUCAUCACCAUGUAAUGAAUGUCAAAAACGAUCGAUUAAAGCCAACGAGGAUGAACCAAUCUUUGAUGAAAAUGGCUACAUAAAGAGGAAUAAACACGGAUAUUGUAGAAAAAAAUGUGAAAGAAACUUAUUUUGUGGUCACAAAUGUGAAGAAGUCUGUCACGAAGGAAAAAAUUGUAUGCCCUGCACAGCGAAGUGUACUGUUUCUUGUUCACAUUCAACGUGUAAAUUGGAGUGUUUUAAACCUUGUUCUUCUUGCGCGGAACAAUGUGAUUGGUAUUGUCCACACGGAAAAGGAAGAUGCCUUUUAUCUUGUGGUGCUCCAUGUUCACGAUUACCAUGUGAUUUAAGAUGCGAAAAAAGAUUGGAAUGUGGACACCAGUGUCCAGGAGUAUGUGGUGAAAUUUGUCCAACCCCGAAAUUUUGCGUAAUUUGUGCACCUGACGACGUUAAAGAGCAAAUGAUCGAUAUUCUAGAAUUUAAAACAUUUGCUGAAACUGAUUUGGAAAAAGAAAGAGUGAUUAUCUUAGACUGUGGACAUGUAUUUACAAUGGAGACAAUGGAUCACCAUAUGGAGAUGGAGAAAUAUUAUCAAGGAGAUUACGGAAAUUGGACUGACCUUGUUUUGCUUUCAUCUAAAUCGGGAGAAAACAAAAUUAUGACAUGUCCAACCUGUCGAGCUCCCAUUAAAAGCAAAAGAUAUGGACGAUCUAUUAAAAAACGAAUUCUUGACACGCAAAACAAAAAGUUUUUGACAAAAUAUGAUCUACUUUUAAAAUAUCAGAGAGAUGCAUUGGAAAAGAUUAUAAACAAGAUAGAGAAUAAUAGGCCAAAAUUAUUGGAAAAAUUCAGAAACAGAACCUAUCCAAAAAGUAAUAACAAGAAAAUCGACGAUAAAAAUACUAUGGAUACAAAUAAAACAUUAUCUGAAGUUAGUGAGAGCGAGAAAUUCUAUCAAAUUGAAAAGUAUCACUUUAUUCCGGAACAACACGCAAACUUAUGGAGGACUCACGUCCGCGACCUCCUUAAUUCAUACCAAAAAUUGAUGAUGAUUAUGUCAGAUUCGAAAAAUCCACCUUAUAAAAAAGCUUUUGAAGCUGCUGUGACGCGUCUUUACAAUGAAAAAUCUAAAGCUCAAUUUGAUUCACUCUUCAAUAACUUGGAAAAUCUUAACGUCAUAGAAGAUACAGAGUCACCAGAAAACCAAAAAAAACGAUUUGAACAGAGUCUUCGAGAUGUUGGUUUAAUUGCACCACAAUUCGACCGUCGUUUGUAUCUUGACGCAUUUUUCGAAAUCGUUAAUGUUCAAAAAAUUUUGUUUGAUGAAGCAACUCGAAUAGUUUCAGAGUUACCUAAAAUGGAAUUAGCCCAUACUGGAAAUUUAGUAUUAGAAACACAAAGAAAUUGGAUCAAAUUUUGUAGCAGUAUAAAUGAUUCAAUCAACAAUCAUCUGGUUGUAAUUAUUCAGACAUGCAAAGAAAGUUUAUAUAAAAGACAUCUAGUAGUUGCUUCAAUGGAAUACGUAGAAUUUGAGUAUCAAUUUGGAAGAUUUAUUUUUAACAAUCUACCUAGAAAUAUUGUGACUCCUACAAAUAAAGAAGAACUCAAAAAUAGAUGUAAUAAAAUUCGCAAAGAUUGCGAAAAAAUAUUAAAUGAUGUUUUGCCAAAAGUCGAAUUGGAAUAUUUCCAAAGUCAAUGUACAGAGAGAAUUUCUAAGUUAUUGAAGAAUGUAGAUGAAUUUCAUGAUACAGUAGAAAGAUCUGGACAAUUAUCUCAACAAGAAAAAUUAGAAAUUUCCAGAGCAAUGAGCAGCGAAUUCAUUGGAUCAGGACACUGGUAUGAAUGUCCAAAUGGUCAUCCAUAUACUAUUGGUGAAUGUGGUGGGGCAAUGCAAAUGAGCAGGUGUCCUGACUGUGGAGUAUUUAUCGGAGGUAAUAGUCACCUGUUAACCUCCGGUAAUAGAAGAAAUGAUGAAUUUGAAACAAUGACCGGUGGAAAUAUAAUUGAGUGAAUCUUGUUUCAGUGGCUCAUAAAAAAUAUAAUAUUGAAGUAUAACUAGCCAAUGUGAAAUAUUAUAAAGAUAUAAUAUCCUAAAAUAAAUUAUGAAGGUAAAGUUUCCCAAGCACUUAUAUUUUAUUUGUUACUAUUUUUAAAUAAAUGUAAUAUCAAACUUCAAAGAGAGCUUUUUUUUUUAAUUUACUAUAUAAA